CAAAAAAUCUACAUAUCCUACUAGACAAUACUUCACGAACUUAUCACAUAUUCGAUUUCUAACAUUGUUCUUAAUGUAGCUCAAAGUAGAAAAGACUCUUUCAACACUUGCCAUGUAACCAUAAAAUCAAUUCAAAAUUAAGGGUAGCGUGUACGUAGUUUAAUUAUUAGGUAUUGAAAAUAGUUGGGGGAUAAAGAAAUAGCGUUUUACUGUUGCAUGAUGUUUAAAAUAGAAUAACAAAUGAGUAGCAACAUAAUUGGAAUAUGUUUGAUAAUAGUAGUGUCCUAGGUUGGAAUAACACGGACUACCACUUAUAUUUUAUUAAUCAUAAGCAAACUAUUAUCGAGGGUUGGAUAAUCAUUUUUUCAAAUGUUAGGGUGUCCCGGAUUACCAAUUAUAUUUUGUAUACACAUACGAAAUUACUACCGGAGGUUGGAUAAUCGUUUUCCCAAAUUUUAGGGGUGUCCCGGAGGCCCAUGUAUCCGCCCCUGCCUAGAAUGCUUAACUUACAUAGCAAUGUUAGUUGUAUAUGAUGAUGUAUUGUGGGAUCCCUUAUUAUUUCAGGUAUAGUUGGAUGGACUUAAAUUAUUUUUACACUUGACUAUUUUCAAAUUUAGGAUGGUAGAGUUUUGCACCAGUUUCUCAAAUUUGCCAUGAGUGAAUGUCUAACCAGUGGUUCUGAUUAAAUUGUUGUAGGGGGAUUUGUGUACUUUAGUAGGAACUCUACCUAAAAUUUGCAAUAGGUAAUGGGUUUAGCAAAAUGUUGGGUGAUAAGGAUAACAAUGAUUGUAAGAAAGGCUAGGGAUUGAUACAUUAGUCGUCUACCACUGUUGGCCUAAAUGUUUCGUAGAGGGCCCUUCCUCCGCUCCCUUCAUCUCUAUCGUCGUUCUCCGUCCUCUCCUUUCAUUGGGAAGCCAGGAUCAAACGGUUGUUUUGCAUGUCAGUGGUUGGACGACGUCCAAGUGGAUGUCAGUGGGCAAAUUCAGUGUCGAAUAGGGAUUGUGUCGGAGGUAGCUAGAUCCACCCAUAUCCUCCUGCUCUCCAUGUCUGAGAUUCGACGUCGGCGGCUGUAAUGUUCUAACGAAGAAAUUGGGGUGUUAAAGUGCUUCCUCUAGAAAUGCCACUAUCAACUUCUCUCUGUCGAGGUAAUUUCAGCUACCAACCCAAGCUCGAUUCACGCCAGCAAACGAAAUCACCUUCUGCGUUAUGCGUAUAAAAGGCAGUUUAAAUCACACAGACCCAUGAAAGCGUUUCAGCGAAAACUCCACUAGCAGCUUCUCUCUGUCAAGGUAAUUCUCAGCCAUCAACCAGCCCGCUUUUGAUAUUUGUUUCUAUCGGUCUGCCAUUUCGCUUCUUUAUUUUAGCUAUAUGCUUCCCUCCUAUUAUGUUCGUGAAAGGUUUUUUAUUUGUGUCUGAUGGAGCACGAUUGGAAAUCUUAAGAUGAUCAAUUUUAUGCUUUUGUAGCAAUAAGUUAAUUCCUUGAAGAAAUUCUAAUUACUAUUUUAAUUUAAUGCAUAAUUGUUUUAGUUUUGUUUGUAUCUAAUAGUAAACCAAGUUAAUAAUACCAAUAUAAAGAAAUAAUUUUAAGCAAUUUAUAAUACAAUAAAUAGGGCAAAUUCUUUUAAUACGAAACAUGUAUAGGCCGUAGUGAGUUAGAAUAAUCUGAUUAACAAAAAUACAUAUGAACUAAUUGUUAUCAAUGUCACAAUUAUCAAGUAGUGCAAAGAUCACUUUCGAUUAUUAUGAAGUAAUGAAAAAUAAGAUGAAAUCAUCCGACCAACGGGUCGGGUAAAAGCUAGUUGAUAUGGUAAAACUAAAAUCUAAAAAGCCAAUGAAUUCCCAUUACGGGCUUGUGAAAACAAAUAUUGGGCUUGGGCCUUAGAAGCCCUUUACCUUCGUCAACCUGAAAUUAAAGGGGUGACAAUAAAGGCGAAAAAAAGAGAGGAAAAUAUUCGCUGUAAAACCCUAGUAAAAUUAAAACCUCUAAAACCCCCACGACAGUUCAGAGUCUCAUAGCUCCAUUCGGGUCCAAUCAGUUUGCAUUGAGAAUUUGAGCGAAACAUCUGGUUCACUCUCCUAUGGCGAUUCUUCUCCACAGUCUCGGCAAAGGCCGAACUUUUUAUACGCAGCUCUCCAGAAUUGGCAGGAGCUUAGUUUCUGAAGCAACAGCAAUGUAUGGAAAACCCCUCCAGCUUCCUCUCCAAGCUAGAUGGAUGUCGACUCCUGCUGGAACUAUUACCGGAUUUGAUGAGAUGAUAAGCGGAAGACAGAGGAAGUUCUAUCUAUUAGGCGGGAAGGGAGGUGUUGGGAAAACAAGCUGUGCUGCCUCUCUUGCAGUAAAGUUUGCUAACCAUGGCCACCCCACCAUAGUUGUCUCCACCGACCCUGCUCACUCUUUGAGUGAUUCUUUUGCUCAGGAUCUAACUGGAGGGACUCUUGUACCUGUACAAGGAGUGGAUUCUCCUUUGUUUGCUCUCGAGUUAAACCCUGAGAAAGCAAAGGAAGAGUUUCGAACAUCUCAAAAGGCGGGUAAUGAUGGGGUGAAAGACCUUAUGGAUGGUAUGGGCCUUGGCAUGCUUUCCGACCAGUUUGGGGAUCUGAAACUUGGGGAGUUGCUAGACAUGCCUCCGCCUGGGUUGGAUGAAGCUAUUGCAGUUUCCAAGGUUUUGCAAAUCACAGAGUCUGAAGAAUAUAGUAAAUUCACUCGCAUAGUCUUUGACACUGCGCCGACGGGCCAUACACUCCGGCUUCUAUCUCUACCAGACUUCAUGGAUGCAUCUAUAGGCAAAAUGCUGAAGCUGAAGGAAAAGUUGUCUUCAGCAACUUCUGCACUCAAGUCUAUGUUCGGCAAAAAUGAUGGACAGAAGCAACAACUCACUUCAAACAAGCUGGAGAAAUUGAGAGAGAAAAUGUACAAAGUUAGAGACCUUUUCCGUGACUCGGAUUCCACAGAGUUCAUCAUCGUCACAAUUCCAACUGUUAUGGCAGUGAGCGAAUCAUCGAGGCUGCAUGCAUCCUUGCUGAAGGAGAGCAUUCCUGUUCAUAGGCUUGUUGUUAAUCAGUUGUUGCCUCCAUUAGCCACAGAUUGCAAGUUCUGUGCAAUGAGAAGGAAGGAUCAGGCACGUGCGUUGGAUAUGAUACAGAAAGAUCCUGGUCUCGACAAGUUGAGAUUAGUGGAGGCACCCUUGUUCGACGCAGAGAUCAGAGGCGUUCCCGCUCUAAAGUUCAUGGGAGACACGGUUUGGAAAUAAUCGCCAACAAGUUGAGGGGAACUGAGAAAGAGUCGAUAGCGUUGUUUAUAGUCUUGCAGCAUAGAGGAACAUUUUGCUUCCUUUUUUUCUCUUCAAUACAGUAAACUAAGAAUGUGUUGGUGUCUUGCUUUCAUUUAAUUCAUAUCAAUUCAUGCUUUCAAUUCUUCACCGUCUGCUGAGAUGAGCAUAUCAUGAUUAUUAUGAUAGCGAAGAUUCAGUUACUGUGGUUAGACUGUUAAAGCAGGAAUACACUCCAGAUGAAGUU